GCUCCGAGCAUCUGGCGGCUCUGGGCGGUGUGUCCUGGGGGCGGGACCGGCGCGUCGUGUCGCGCAGUCUGGCUCCUGCGGAUUCGGCGCCCGAGUCGCAGGCCGGAGGAGACGCGGCCGCAGGCGGCUCCUUGCUCUCCGGGUCCCCGUCGCUCUCGCCAGGCUGCUGGGACCGUCCCCUUUUCCCACGUCCUGCCGAGCGACCCUGGCAUGUGUGUCCUGAUGCCAGCCCCCCUGUCACCGAGAGCCCCUCUGGGAGACUGAAAGGGUCAGCUCUGGAGCCCCAAGCUAGGGUCGACUUAGGCCAGGGAAAUGGCAUCCUUCCAGGAGCUCCGAGACCAUGCUCCUGGGGAGGAGGAAGGACUUCUGAUUGUGAAGGUGGAAGAUUGCUCUUGGGAGCAGGAGCCUGCCCAGCAGGUAGACAGCAAGGAUUCAGAAGCCUGCCGCCAGCGCUUCCGUCAGUUCUGCUACCGGGAUGUGGCUGGGCCACAUGAAGCCUUCAGCCAGCUCUGGGAGCUCUGCUGCCGCUGGCUGCAGCCGGAGCUGCACAGCAAGGAGCAGAUCCUGGAAAUGCUGGUGCUGGAGCAGUUCCUGGCUGUGCUACCAGGGGAGAUCCAAGCCCAGGUGCAGAGACGGCACUUUGGGAGUGGCGAGGAAGCUGUCGCUUUGGUGGAGGACAUACAGAAUCAGUCAUUGAAAGCCAGGCCCCAGGAUGAGCCCUCUGAAGUGGAGCCUAAGGCAGCAGUCCAGGCACUCCAAACUCCAGGGCCUCCCCAGAAGGCAAGGGUACAGAAGCAGCUCCCUGCACCCCAAGAGCAGCACAGCCUUGCCGAGCUUCCUGUUCUUAAAGAAGGACAAACAGGAGAGACGAUGGAUGUCUCCUUUGCCUCUGCAGUGCAGCUGCCUGGGAGACCUCAGCUGGGUCAUAGCUCCCCAUUCCAAAAACCUGUGGCAUCAGGAGACAUCCCUUUCUAUUUUUCCCGAGAAGAAUGGGGCUCCCUGGACCCUGCUCAGAGGGAUCUUUUCUGGGACAUAAAGAGAGAGAACUCCCGGAAUGCUGCUCUUGGUUUGGGAUCCAAAAGCCAGAACAAGAGAUCUCCUCCAGAGGAGGCUGUGACAGCAUUGUCGGGACAGACUAACUGUGAAGAGACUAUGUCCUGGAAUCCCGAGGAGGCUGACACCGAGGUCUGGGAGACCAAGAACCCACCACCGAGGACAGCCUUGGGCCCGCUGGUGGUGGCACGUCGUGGGCGGCCGCCCACGAGCAGGCGCCAGUUUGGGGAUUUAGUGACUGAGAAGCCGCACAGCUGCGGGCAGUGCGGGAAGCGCUUCCGCUGGGGCUCAGACCUAGCCCGGCAUCAGCGAACGCACACUGGUGAGAAACCACAUAAAUGCCCUGAAUGCGACAAGAGCUUCCGCAGCUCUUCUGACCUGGUGCGUCACCAGGGCGUGCACACAGGCGAGAAGCCCUUCUCCUGUUCUGAGUGUGGCAAGAGCUUCAGCCGCAGCGCCUACCUGGCAGACCAUCAGCGCAUCCACACAGGGGAGAAACCCUUCGGUUGCAGCGAGUGUGGGAAGAGCUUCUCAUUGCGCUCCUACCUGCUGGACCACCGGCGUGUGCACACGGGCGAGCGGCCUUUUGGCUGUGGCGAGUGUGACAAGAGCUUCAAGCAGCGUGCACACCUCAUCGCGCACCAGAGCCUACAUUCCAAGAUGGACCAACUCAUGGGGUGAGUCGCCAGUGGGACCUGAGCAGUCCAGCAAGGUGGACACUCCCUGUGAGUCUCACGGCCUCUCUUUGUUCCUCUUGGAGAAUUCUCUUGCCUGUGACCACUGCCACCCUAUGGAAGGGACCCAAGGCCUCUGUACUCUGAACUGGCCUGCCUGCUCCCGGGAUCUGCCUCCUGUCUCUCCCCUUCCUGUUCUGGAUUUCUCUUCCACUUAUUGCCUGGAGCUUCACAGUUUCUAGUUGAGUGUCAGGUGGUGUGAGGCCUCCCGGGCAGGACCUAGGGUUUCUCCCCAGGACCCUCCGGGC